GCGACGUGCGCGUAAGACAAACUUCUCAUCUCAACGAAAACUUAACGAAAACGACGGAAAUGAAGUUGGCUAAGAAGUGUUCCACAUACUUGGUGAUAUGCCUGGUUCUUAUGGCCUGUUUGAUGCAGGAAACGGAGGCCACGCGACGCGUUAAUCGCGGACGACGAACACUAACCCGCAGAUAUUUCAGUGGCUUGGCCAUACCCGGAUGGGCCCUAAUCGUUUGUGUGGCCAUUGCCGAGUUGCUGGUCGGUGGCGCCCUCUACUUUGUUAUGUAUAAGGUGAUUUUGGCCAAGGAGCCCGAUGAAGCUACCACCUAUACGCCGGCUCAGACCCAUGAGACGGCCGCCAGUCCAACCCCAACACAUGCGACAACCGUUGCCUAAACAAAAGACGGAAGCCGAUUGUAUUUUUCAGCUUAGUUUGUUUUUUAUAGGCCAUCUAAUCAACUAAUUAUAGCCCUUAGAUUUUUAUACUUCAUGUAAAAACUUUAGACGUUUUACUGUGUUUCUAUUGACAUCGAAUAGUGUUUUUUCUUAUCGUCAUCAUUUUAGUUUUUUUUUUCUUGUCAUUUUGCUUUUUGUUUGGUUGCUAAUAAAAACUAAAUUGAUUAGCUAACUAAGUUGA